AUGCAUUACACAUCAGUCGCUAGCCUAGGGCUCCUCACCCCUUACGCUCUAGGUGCCGGCAUCCUGCGCUUCGGAUGUAGUCAGAUCACCAUUGAAAGGCUUGAUCCACUUGUAGAGCCAGGGGCCAAUCCAAGUGCGCAUCUCCAUCAGGUGGUUGGAGGGGAUGCGUUCAAAGCUACUAUAGAGCGUACCGAUGUUUCUAGGCUCGCCAACUGCACCACUUGCAGCUUUAGCGAAGACCUGUCGAACUACUGGACGGCGAACCUGUUUUUCCGUGCUCGUAACGGAACAUACAAGCGCGUGCCUCAGAUGCCUAACCGAUUCCUAGACGGGUCGGUCGGGGGUGUGACUGUUUACUACUUUCCACAGGACCUUCGAAGCAAAGUAACCGCAUUCAAGCCAGGUUUUCGCAUGCUCGUCGGAGAUGCUACACUAAGAAGCAAAGAGGGACAAUCGCCGAGGAACUGUUACCGUUGCUUCACGGGCCCAAACUUCGAAGGCGACAAUGCAGCACCAUGUGCAGACCCGGUUCUCGAUACCGCUGGGUUUCCGUCGACACCCUGCCCGGGAGGCAUCCGGUCCAAUAUUCAUUUUCCAACUUGUUGGGAUGGAGAGAACCUGGAUACGCCCAACCACAAGGAUCAUGUCACCUUUCCGACAGGUAACGCGUACGCAUGUCCGUCUACGCAUCCGGUUAAGAUCCCUCAACUGAUGCUUGAAGUGGUCUGGGAUACGCGCGAGUUUAAUAACAAGGACGACUGGCCUGAAGAUGGCUCGCAGCCUUUCUUGUUGAGUACUGGAGAUCCAACCGGGCAUAGUCAGCACGGUGAUUACGUGUUUGGCUGGAAAGACGACGCUCUACAGAGAGCCAUGGACUCGAAUGAUUGCUUUGCUGCCAGCUGUGGCACAUUGGCUACUCAAUCGUUCGAUGUUGCUAAUAAGUGUGCCAUUCAGCGGACGGUUGAUGAACCUGUUGAGGGAUGGCUGGAUUCUAUACCCGGGUUAGGUUAG